AUGGAGACCUUUUCAGAGGAGGCAGGUUGGGAUGGAUCUGUCCAUGCAGCUGUUGGAUGGACCAACUUGUCCUCUUCAAUCUCUGAGCAUGCUGGAGUAAACAGUACUUUCAGAGGAGGAUCAUACUUCUGGUUGGUAUCUCAGAACAGCUCAAUAAACCAGACUCCACCAACUGCUUUGCCUAGACAGCGGGACAUGGUUCUUGCUCAGGCAGAGAUUGGAGUUCUUGGUCUAGUUCUUGCUCUCACGACACUUGGAAACAGCUUUGUACUAUGGGUUCUGCUGAGGAGACGCAAAUAUAAUGCACCCAUGCACCUUUUUAUGGUCAAUCUGUGCGUGGCAGACCUUGUGGUGGCAUUCUUUCAGGUGCUCCCUCAGCUUGUAUGGGAUAUCACAGAGAGGUUUCAAGGCCCUGAUGUACUGUGCCGCUCAGUGAAAUAUCUCCAGAUUGUGGGAAUGUUUGCAUCCUCUUACAUGAUUGUUGCUAUGACAGUGGACCGCCAUAAUGCCAUAUGCUGGCCCCUGCAAGCGUACAAAGGAGGAGCCAUUUCACGCUGGAAUAAGCCCAUCAUGGUGGCCUGGGUUCUAGCUCUUGUUCUUAGUGUGCCACAGGUUUUUAUUUUCUCCAAGUCAGAGGUCGCCCCAGGAGUGUUCGAGUGCUGGGGGCACUUUGCUGAGCCCUGGGGACUGAAGGCUUAUGUUACCUGGAUGACUCUUGCUGUGUUUUUGCUUCCUACCUUUAUCAUCACCAUCUGUCAGGUACGAAUAUUCAAAGAGAUCCAUGAUAACAUCUACCUGAAAUCAGAGUGUGUGGUUUCUGUUGACAUGAAGAAGAACAUGGUGCUUUUUCACUUUCCCAGCCUCAAAAAGCAGGCCAGCAAAUUCAGAGAGCGAGCAAGACACUCUUGCACACCACAAGAAGAUUUCCAUAAAAAGAACAACAGUGACUCUUCUCAUUCCUGUAACUCUGCCUCUGUCCAGGACUACAACCAGAGCAGAAUCCCUUCUGCUGAGCCUCAAAAUGCUUGCUGUCAUUCCUCAAGUGGUUCCUCUGAUCCUCUCAGGAAUUCCUACAACCUCACUGAGGACUGCAACACUUCAUCAAUCCCCUCUUUCCCACCAUGCCCCCUUCCUCCACCUUUCAAAGGUGUUUCCAAAGCUAUGUCUAAAACAGUGAAGAUGACUCUGGUCAUUGUGCUCGUCUAUACCUUGUGCUGGUCACCCUUCUUCAUCGUACAGCUCUGGGCUGCCUGGGACCCUAACCCACCUGACCAAGGUGUGGCUUUCACCAUCCUGAUGCUAUUAGCCAAUCUGAACUCCUGCACUAACCCAUGGAUCUACACAGCAUUUUCCAGCAGUGUGUCCUGUGAGCUUCUCGCUCUGCUGCGUUGUCGCCCAAAACCGGCCCGCAGGAGCUCACUGCACGACCACUCCAGUGACAUAAACACCUCCACCACCAAGGACAACCAGUUCUGAACCCUACAGAAUAACAAAGUCACCCUCCUCUUAAGUGUAGCAGAUGUGGAGAUUUAUAGCUGCAGGUGUAUCGGCCCCACGCACUGUGAUAUAGAAGGUUUCAUGACAUCCUGUUGUCAUGAGUAAUUGCAAGGGAGCCACAUUCCAUUCAGGGCAACUGAAGAUGCAGCUUUGACAGAGUGAACCAUAUAUGCAUGGCAGCAUGGCAUAUUAAUGACCAAACAAAUUCAAUGUAUUACAUGAGGAUGAAUUCAUGAGCAUUUAAUGUA